GCUGGCUGGCUGGCUGCGCUCGCACGCUGGCUGCCGGGGAACAUGGCUGAAGUCGGGCAGGAGGACGGCCGCGGCGCCGGGGCCUCGCUGGCGCUGCGCUCGGCGCCCGGCAGCCCCGCCGCGCCGCCCCCGCCGCCGCCGCCGCUGCUGCUGCCCGCCGCCGCCGCCGCCCUCCCGGCGCCGCUGGCCCGGCUGCAGGGCCGCGACUUCGAGUUCCUCAUGCGCCAGGCGGCCGUCACCAUAGGCCGCAACUCCUCGCAGGGCGCGGUGGACGUGCACAUGGGCCACUCGAGCUUCAUCUCGCGCCGCCACCUGGAGCUGGCCUUCCGCGCGCCCCACUUCUUCCUGCGCUGCCUGGGCAAGAACGGCGUCUUCGUGGACGGCGCCUUCCAGCGGCGGGGUGGGCCGGCGCUGCAGCUGCCCCCGCAAUGCAUUAUCCGAUUUCCUAGCACAGUCAUCAAAAUCCAGUUCACAUCGCUCUACCAUAGAGAGGAAGUGAGGGAGGAAACGGCAUCUCCUCCCCUCCGGCCGCUCUACCCUCAGAUCUCGCCGCUUAAGAUCCACAUUCCGGAGCCGGAUCUCCGGACCUUGGUCAGUCCCCUGCCCUCUCCCACUGGCACCAUCAGCGUUCCUAAUUCCUGCCCGGCGAGUCCUCGUGGUGCUGGUUCCUCGGGAUAUCGCUUCACCCACAACGUUACCUCUGAUCUCCAGUUGGCUGCCGAAUACGCAGCGAAAGCUACUUUGGAGCAGCAGACGGAUGUCUCUGGUAGAGACAGCCCAAAGGACGAGUCCAAGCCACCAUAUUCCUAUGCCCAGCUAAUUGUUCAAGCUAUCUCGUCAGCUCAGGACAAGCAAUUAACACUAAGUGGAAUCUAUGCCCACAUUACUAAGCAUUAUCCGUAUUAUAGAACAGCAGAUAAAGGCUGGCAGAAUUCCAUUCGGCACAAUCUGUCCUUGAACCGGUAUUUUAUUAAAGUCCCCCGUUCUCAAGAAGAACCCGGAAAAGGAUCUUUUUGGAGGAUAGACCCUCCUUCGGAAGGCAAGCUGGUGGAGCAGGCAUUCCGAAAACGGAGACAAAGGGGGGUGUCCUGCUUCCGAACCCCAUUUGGACCUCUCUCUUCCCGGAGCGCCCCCGCAUCCCCUACUCAUCCCGGCCUGCUUUCUCCUCGCACCAGUGGCCUACAGACUCCAGAGUGUGUGUCAAGAGAGGGCUCCCCGAUUCCACACGACCAUGACUUUGGCCCAAAACUUGCUUCUGUUCCAGAGUAUCGAUAUUCACAAAGUGCUCCUGGAUCCCCCGUAAGUGCCCAGCCAGUGAUCAUGGCUGUUCCUCCCAGGCCUUCUGCGCUGGUGGCCAAACCUGUGGCUUACCUGCCUGCCUCCAUCGUGACCUCUCAGCAGCCUUCAGGCCACGCAGUCCACGUGGUCCAGCAAGCCCCCACUGUUACAAUGGUCAGAGUCGUGACGACUUCUGCAAACUCAGCCAAUGGAUACAUCCUGACCAACCAGGGGCCCGCUGGGAGCACCCAUGACACAGCCGGAGCCGUCCUGGACUUGGCUGGAUUGGAUGAGAAACCAACCAUUGCGUUUGCUGCGAUACCAACUGCCAGUCGGGUCAUCCAGACAGUUGCCAGCCAGAUGGGUCAGGGUGUGCCAGGACAGACAGUCACCAUCCUCCAGCCAGCCACAUCCAUGGCCCUUGGACAGCACCAGCUACCUGUCCGCACGGUGACGCAAAACGGAAAGCAUGCCAUUCCCACAAACAAUUUAUCCAGUGGGACUUAUGCCCUUACCAGCCCAUUGCAGGUUCUUGCGGCUCAAGCGAGUUCAUCCACUCCGGUGGUCAUCAGCCAGACGAGGGAAGCUGGGGUGAAGGACCCCAACGAGCUUUUGAGCGAGCCCGACGUCAAGCGGCCCCGAAUCGAAGAACCCAGAGCCGUCGCCCCGUUGCAAACUGGUGUCAUCACAUCUGCAGCCCCAUCAGGACAGUCUGCUGGGGAAUGAGGGAGCCGGAUGCUUGGAGAGGCACCCUAGGCUCUAGGGGGGGAAAAACUUUUUUUUUUUGCCCCCCUAGCAGAAAUCUUUCCCCCUGCAACUGUUCACACCUUGAUGAUUUCAGGUUUUUUUUCUGUUCUGUUUUUUUUUUAAUCUCCUUUUGAACAUUUUCAAGGACAGGCCAGCGUUUGUCAAGAAUGUUGAGGUGCCAAAUGAAUUGGGCAAAAUCUCCAUCUCUCUAGACCCAAGGAUUUUCUUCCGCUUUUUACUUCGGAGGUGUCCUCUCCCUCCCUCCUUUUUCUUUCUUUUUAGAUUCAAAAAGAAAUGCAGACAAUUUUGAUAGUUAUGACUGCUGGGGUAUUUCUUUCUCCCCUCCCACCCCCCCACCCCCCCGCCACUUUAAUUUUCAUCCCUUCCUUCUUUUCCUUUACGUGUGGUGGUUUAUAUAUGAGGAUACUAAAAACACAGGACGGAGACGUGAAUUCUUCAGGUGGGAACUUCUGACCUCAAACACAGGUUUAUUUUUUCACUCUCGAAGAGCCGUGCAUCCUUUUGUAUCUCGGAGCUCCAGCCCGUGAAAAAAUAUUAGUAAAAAGUUUCUCUAGGACAAGGCAAUACCCUGGUAACUGCCAGCUAAAAUGGCAGGUACUUGUCUGUGUUUCCUUCCCUUGGCCUUUCUGCAGUCCAACUCACUUUCUGACAAUUAAGAUUCACACCCCACCCAAGUUGUGGUACCAGAGCACAGGAAAGCUAGUUUAUCCCAAUCGGAGGGCUUCAAAAAGCAUUAGAUGUCCAAUUCCCAGAAUUCUCAGCCUACUGGGCAGGCGGGGGUUCUGGGAAUCGCAGUCACAGCCUACCUUGUUGGGAUGGCUGAGCUAAACAGCAUUUGGCCCACAGUUGCCUUUUGGAGAGAGAGAGUUUAUUUCCGUCUUUUGAAACUAUUGUCUGUUAAAUUAAAACAAUGUUAUGAACAAGAAGGUCCGAAACUUGGGGGCGUUUUAAGAAUUGUCCCUGCAAGCUUGUAAAGCAACCAAAUGGGUUCCUUGGUGUCGUUCCCGCUGAUUGAUUUUGAGAGAGAAGGAAUAGAAUUUUUAACGUUUUUAACCUUUAAGGACAGCAGCACUGUUCCCAGGAGCUUAAGAUCCCCCCGGUUUUGUUACGGUUCGAGUGUUGGACUUACAUCUAGGGAGGCCAGGUUCAAACACCACAAAACUCCCUGGGUAACCUUGGACCAGUCAUUGUCUGUUGUAGCCUAACCUACCUCACAGGGUUGUUGUGAGGACAAAGGGGGUGAGGACAACCAUGUAUGCCACCUUGAGCUUGGAGGAAGGGCAGAGUAAAAAUGUAAUAAAUAAGUAACCAUCAACACCAUCAUUGCAGUUUGACACGAUGCCUUUGCUCACUUCAGAGUGUAGUUUUCCUGCACAAUGGGCAAGAGAAGGGAAUCUUGGCCCAUUUUCCUCUUUGCAAACCAGUAAUCCUGGUGAAUACCUCCAAGGGCAAGUUUGGAACCCCAGAUAAGGGCGGAUCCAAAGUUGAAGAUAAAGUGGAACGGAAUCCUAUUAGGAGACAUUUCACGGGGGAGUUCAGAGGGCCAUAAUAAGGCAAAAUCAAAACGAAAAAGUUGCUGAUGUUCAAAAAAUAUAGGCCUCAUCUGACUUUAGCAGCACUUGGGUGCUAAAAACUCACCCCAGACGGGGGCCAUGGAAGAAAAGGAAUAGCAGAAAGAGAUUUAAUUACUGUUGGUUAAACCGAAUGUCUUCUCAGCACUUUUUGUUUAAGCAUUUAAACCUGUGUUUCUCAACCUUGGCAAGUUUAAGACGUGUGGACUUCAAUCCCCAGAAUUCCCCAGCCAACAUGGCAGGAAUGCUGAGAGUUGAAGUCCACACAUCUUAAAUUUGCCAAGGUUGAGAGACAUUGACUUAAACCCUCCUGUAUGUUUGUUUGUUUUGCCCCUUUGCAAAUAAUCAUAACCCUAAAGAGUCCCUGUAGGGUGAUAACUUCCGUUCUCUGGAAGGUUGGCGGCUUCUGUGCCCCCCGCUGAUCUUUUCAAAGGUGGUGGCCCUGUGUCAGGCCACACAGGACCAUACCCCAGUUCAUGUUCAGUGAAUCAGAAGCCCUUGCAAGCAAGCAGAUGGCCUUGAUUUUUCUUUUGUCAAGCUGUAAGUAACAGCAGGCAGAGAUGCAGGAACAAGUUACAGGUAGUCCUCACUUAACAACCACAAUUGGGACUGGAAUUUUGGUUGCUAAGCAAAGCAGUCAUUAAGGGAAUCUGACCCGAUUGUAUUACCUUUUUUGCUGUGGUCGUUAAGUGAAUUGUGCGUGUUAAGUGAAUCAUAUGGUUGUUAAUCACACGGUUCCCCAUUUUUUUGCUUGCCAGAAGCCAGCCAGGAAGGUCAAAAAUGACAAUCACGUGACUAGGGGAUGCUGCGAUGUUCUUAAAUGUGAACUGGUUGCCAAGAGCCCAAAUUGUGAUCACGUGAUAGUGGGGGUGCUGUGAUGGUCAUAAGUGCAAGGACCGGUUGUAAGUCGUUCUUUUCAGCACCGUCAUAAGUUCAAACUGUCAUUACUAAAUGAAUGAAAAUUAAGUGAGGAUUACCUGUACAUCACAAUUUAAGGAUAGUAGCAUGGGCUUAUUUUGCAAGUUGACCGUUAGCCAUUUAUCUGACCCCAUGGUUUUGUUCCAGCUGGUGCCAGGGGCGUUUGCAGGGGUCCAAAUGCCUGCAAAAAAAGGGGGUGGGGCUUCAAUUGCAGGGUCGUGGCCUCCAUCUUGAUUUUGUCUUGACCCUCCUCCCUGCAGACCCCCCUGGCUGGUGAAGAGGUGAUGAGAAUGGAAGCCCAAAGCAAGCAAAUUGAUUCCAACUGGAAGGUGUAGCAGGAAGCUGGAAAAAAAGAGCUGCAGCCACAACUUGCUGCUAUAGUGCAAGCUAUAAGGUGGGGAGGGGAGCUUGAGACCCCCGUCCCCCCAAAGCUCCAUCUCUGACUGGAGUUCCAGCAAAUUGGUGCCAUGGUUCCCUUCUCUUUUGAGGUGGGAAAUAAGUCAUUGGUAGAGUCAAGUGUAAAGUAGGCCAUCCAUCCAAAAACCCAAUUCCUUUCAAAACCACCACCCUGCCCCUCCCCCCCCAAAUAAACCAGGUCUCUUGCACACUUUAUGACCUUGGCCACCCAGAAAGUACUAAGGACAGCUCCCAACCAACACAAGGUUGCUGUUGACUGGUGUUUUGUCUUAAUGCUGGUGCUUGAUAGACCAGAGAGACUGCAGAAGCAGAUUUUUGCGCUCAGGCCCAAGUUUGCUUUCUUUCCUGAACUUGUAAGAUCCUGUGCAAUUUGUCACUGGGUAUAGACCUUGGAGUAAACACUAGUUUCCUUUAGCCAUGGUUUGUCGAAUAACCUGAUCCAGCUGGGUUUUGGGAUGCUCCUGUGGGGGGUGGGGGGCACGUUGCUGGUUCUUUGGUUUAAAAAAUAAUUCACGACUUGACUGGCUGUUUUAUGUAACUAAAAGAUCUUACUCCAAUGGUAUUCGUUUUCUUGCUUUGAUGUUUGAAGUGGGGCAAGGGGUGUGUGUGUGAUUGGUUGUUGCCAUUUUGGCUUGCUUCGCACUGUUGAAUCUUGAGGAUCAACUCCUACAAAUUUUGACAUUUGGAACCCAUUUUAAAGCAGAUAUUUGGAAAUGAAUCUCCGCAUAUAAGUGAGCUACUUCCUGAGACUAAAUGUUGACAGCAAUGUUCCUGGCACCCUAAUAUAUAACUGUCCAUUGUUCCUUCUCCCAGAUGCACUUAAUCUAGAGAAAGGGUAACUUUCUGGCUGUUACUCAUCCUUGCAUUUUAAUUUACAGGUCAUUUAUCAAUGCUUAAUAUGUUCGUGGAGUCCUGCUGUGCAGGUGAUAACCCGUUUUCAUUUUUAAUUGCCAAACGCCCAGGGUCAGAGUUCUUGUAUUAAUGACACAGUCAAUUUCAACCAAAAUGUAAACGUCUUCGCUUUGGCGGAAAGCUCCGCUCGAAGAAUGACGUGUAAUGGAACAUUUGCCCCAGCUGAAUUUCGGUCCUCUUAAGUACAGCGAAAGGACCAACACAGAAACAGCUUCAGUUUGCAACCUGCUUGUACAAGCACUUUUCUCUCUUGAUUUCCAUAUCAAAAACACAACAUUUUAAUAACGUCAGGGCAUAAAUCUGACAGGUGGCAACUUGCUGACCUGAAUUUGCAUCAAGUUGGGGAAACGAGCUCUUCAGUUUGUCGCAAGCGAGAGCCAAGUCUGGUUUGAUUUAGCUCGCUCUUCAGGCUUCUGGGCUGGAAAUUAGGCAUUGGGGUCUCUUAAUGGUAGACGCUGUAGUGGAGAGGAUUUGGGGUGGCUCAUUACAAUAGGUUUACACGCAGGUGAAAAUGAGAAACUUUCUGAGCGAUGGGCAUGGCCGUGGAAAAAUGGGGGUGAUUUGAUAGCUGGGUUUCAACAUGUGGGCUUUAGUUAAUUGCUCCACUGGCUGGAUGGUUAAGUUACUGACGAGUUGGGAUAUUGCACAAAGCUGUCGGAUAAUUUGCUUGGUUUGAUGGAGCCCACGAAUGCCUUGUGGUUUGCAAAAAUCGAUGUGCAGAAUUUUGGGAUGGCAGGUGGCACUUGUUCUUUUUUAAUGCUGUGCUGGAGGGAGCUGCAUUCCAAAACCUAGGUGGGGGUCUGGGCAAAAGCCAACUUUGAUUUACUUUAAUUUACAUUGAGAUGUAACUAAAAUCAACUUCAAUUAAAUACAGUUAAUGUAAUAGCUGCC